AUGGCUGGCAUCGGAAUCAAAGUCGUCACUAAAACCGAGAUCAUUUCUCUCGCCCGAGCGGCUGGCUACGAUACUGUCUUCAUCGACCUCGAACAUUCGGUGCUGUCAGAAAAAGACUCCAGCAGAUUGUGCUCAGCCGCUCUGACCGCCGGCAUCACUCCAUUGGUUCGGGUACCGUACCAAUGCGGACAAGGUUAUGUUCAAAGAGUACUCGAUGGUGGUGCGCUCGGUAUCGUGUUCCCUCACAUUAGCACUGUUGGUAGGUUUCCGUCAUGUCACCCCGAAGCGAGUUCGGGUCGAUUAACUAGAAUAGACGAAGCAAAACAGGCCGUGGCUUGUACCAAAUUCCCUCCCGAGGGUAAGCGUUCAUUGACGGCCGCGUUACCACAAUUUGAUUUCCAGAGAGUGGCUGCAAAGGACGUCAUUCAGCAACUGAACAGAUUCGGUUCGACUGUUCUACUGCUGAUUGAGACCAAAGAAUCUCUAGACAAUAUCGAGGCCAUUGCUGCUCUAGAUGGAGUUGAUGUCCUACUAGUGGGUGCCAAUGAUUUGUCGCUAGAGCUUGGUGUUCUAGGAGAAUGGGAACAUCCGGUAUUCCAAAAUGCAUUAGAGAAGGUCGCAGCAGCAUCGCAAACAUCUGGUAAAGUGUUCGGCAUAUGCGGCCUGUACACUAGACCAGAUAUUUACCGGCGUAUAGUGAGGGAUUUGGGCGCAAGGUAUGUGCUGGGUCACUUAGAUAUUGGACUACUGGCAAUGGCCAUGAAUAGUAAUGCGGAGAUGCUGAGAGAUGUUAGCAACAGCUUGGUUUCGAGCAUGGUUGAAUGA